AUUUGAGGCUCGAAGAUGCUGUUGCAGCUCUUCCAGAGGGUGAGCAAGGUCCUGCUCACGCCAGUACGGUUAGCGGAGCGCUGCAGCCCCGGGCCCGCCCUCCUCGGGGGUGGUGCCGGCGGCGUCGGCGCGGCGGGCCGGGAGCGGAGGAUGCUGCUGCCGCUGCUGCCUCUCCUGCUGCCGCUGCUGCCGGCGCUGGCCGAGGGGCACCAGGCGGCGGUGCUGCGGCUGGGGCUCCGAGGCAGCCCCCGACGGGAGGUGAGCCCGGCUUUCCUCUCCCUCACCCUGGAUGCCAGCCUCGCCCGGGACCCGCGCUAUGUCGUCUUGCUCAGCAAUUCCAAACUGCGUGCCCUGGCAACGGCCCUGUCCCCAGGUUUCCUGAGGUUUGGUGGCACUGAGACAGACUUUCUUAUCUUUGAUCCCAACAAGGAUUCAACUUCAGAAGAAAAAAUCCUCUGGGAAUUUCAGGCACAGCAAGAGGCUUGUGGCUCAAGGCCUGCAUUUGCUGCUGUUGAGAAGGUGCUGCUGGCCCAGUGGCCCAGCCAGGAAAAGCUGAUCCUUGCCGAACAGAACCAGAAAAAGCACAAAAACACCACCAUUACAAAAAAUACACUGGAUAUUCUCUACAGCUUUGCAAACUGCUCAGGGUUUCACCUGAUCUUUGCACUCAACGCCUUGCUGCGGAAAGGUGGCUUGCAGUGGGACAGCUCGAAUGCCCAGGCACUGCUGGACUACUGUGCUUCCCAGAGGUACAACAUCUCCUGGGAACUUGGGAAUGAGCCCAACAGCUUCAGGAAAAAAUCUGGCAUCCACAUUGAUGGCUUCCAGCUGGGGCAAGAUUUUAUUCACUUACGCCAACUGCUGAAUAACUAUGCCCUCUAUCAGCACGCCAAGCUCUACGGCCCUGAUGUUGGGCAGCCCCGAAAGCACACGCAGAGACUGCUGAGAAGCUUCCUGAAAUCAGGAGGGAAGGUGAUCGACUCUGUCACGUGGCACCACUACUAUGUGAAUGGACAGAGUGCAACAAGGGGGGAUUUCUUGAGCCCUGAAGUUUUGGACACCUUUGCCACAGCCAUAUAUGAAGUCCUGGAGAUUGUUGGUCGGACUGUGCCGGACAAGAAGGUGUGGCUGGGAGAGACGAGCUCUGCCUAUGGAGGAGGAGCUCCCAGAUUAUCUAACACUUAUGUUGCUGGUUUUAUGUGGUUGGACAAACUUGGACUUUCAGCCAGGCAGGGGAUUGAUGUGGUAAUGAGACAGGUUUUCUUCGGGGCAGGGACCUAUCACCUGGUGGAUGCCAACUUUGAGCCUUUGCCGGACUACUGGCUCUCACUGCUCUACAAGAAGCUGGUGGGUACCAAGGUGCUGCAGGUUGGCCUGGCAGGAGCCAACAAGAGGAAGCUCCGUGUCUACCUCCACUGCACAAACAGCCUCAACCCCAAGUACAGAGAAGGGGAUGUGACACUGUUUGCUUUAAACCUCUACAAUGUCACGCAACAUUUGAAACUACCAGAUCACCUAUUGAGCAAGCAUGUGGAUCAGUACCUCUUACUGCCUCAUGGCAAAGAGAAUAUUCUUUCCAGGUCUAUUGAGCUGAAUGGCCGUGUGCUACGGAUGCUGGAUGAUGAAACACUGCCAGAGCUUGUGGAAAAGCCCCUUGGUCCCGGCAGACUGCUUGGCCUUCCAGCCUUCUCCUACAGCUUUUAUGUUAUCAAAAACGCCAAAGCUCUUGCUUGCAUUUAAGUGUUCAACACACACACACUCAGGAUAAAUGUAAAGCAUUUGGCUAGUAGGAAAUUCUAAUCCUAGAAAUUCACAUUUCUACCACAGGAUUUAAUUCUGGUAAGGGAUGCAAAUGUUGCAGCACUAGUACAACUGUUAGCUGGGGCUCUGCCUACCCAGACACUGCCACCUCCCCUCUUCCUCUCCUUUCUGCAAGCGCAGCUCCUAAAGCAGUUUCUUCAAAAGCUUGCCUUCAGAAAGGAUAAGCAGAGUUUUCAUUUGAGCUGUACAGCUGUUACCUCACACUAUGUGGGGAAGCCUGAGAGGGGGUCGUGGUUGCUGAGGGCAUCUUGGGGUGGAAAGUCUGGACAUGCAAAGCAAACCAAGGUCAGGGUGCUUGCAGGGGCAAAGGCCUUGCAGAGAAACCAGAUCCUCUAUUAGAUUUGGGGAAACAACACAUGCAUUUUUCUCAAGCUAGCAUUGUUCAGUCACGAGAUGGAGCUAUGGCUCUGUGCUUUCCAAAGGCAAAUUGUUGAUGCAGGAAGUGUAAGCUGUUCCUGUAGGGUGGUCAGCCUCUGCCAUCACACACGUCUUCCCUGCUUGGAAAGGAGAGGAGCCCACCAGGCCCUGGCAAUAACCCUCUGUGCUCAGGGGGCUGGCUGCACAGUGAGUGCUCAUGACUCCUCAGCCUGCACCACCCUGCAGGCAGUUCAGCUGGAAAGGACUUUCCUGCACCUAUGCACAGGUAAAGCUCUCAAGCUCUCUCUGCUUUACACUCCCUAAUGCACUGAGGUCUCUUCUAUCUUGGGGAAAUGGGAUAGGAAAGAGGCUGAGGAAACCACUCACCCCUCAACCACCAGAGGGACAUCAGUUGCUAUAAAGCAUCCUGGGGACAGAAGUGCCCAGUCAGGCUGACAUCCUUCCUGCUGGGAAAACAGCAAUUUUGGACAGAAAUCCAUGGUGGUGCCUUUUCUCCCCAGCUGAGCCUUCCUCAUUCGCACCCUGUCGCAGUUGGCUGUGCCAGCAAUAGCUCCCUGUGGCUCCCUGCUGGUCCCCAGGGCAACAGAAAGCCUAGGACAGUAGCUGGGGCCUUCUGCAUAUAUUUAUUUGCAUCUACUUUUCUUGAAGGGAUGUAACCCGCACCACUCUCAAUGCCUUAUAUUUAUGAGCACAGCAGGGAAGAACAACCCCACAGUACUGUACCUCCCUUUUUAAGCUUUGAAAAGAUGCUACCAGCUGCUUUUCUGAUAUGAGUUAGUUUACACUGUCUAAGUUCCAAAUCAGAACCAAAGAGAGUGUAAGAUGGAAAGUCUUACAUACAGUCAACAUAAAGUUAAUAUAUUAUUAUUAUUAUUAUUAUUAUUAUUAUUAUUAUUAUUAUUAUUAUUAUUGUUAUUAU